GUUUCAUGCCCAGCGGCCAGCAAACAUUGCGCCGCACAGUGUGCGGGGCCAAGAAAAAUGCACCAAGAAUUGACGGGGAAAGCAAGGAAACAAGCAAGUGGUUCGAUUUUUCGCUAAUAAUCCCCUUCUCGUUGCGCGGUGUGUGGUUUUUAUCGUAGCAGGGCGGACGUGUUCCCGGCCAAGUUUCACCCGUGCCAGUGUCGAAGUGUUGUACGGGUUCCACACGCAACGGUGCGCGCCGUAUGUGUGUAUACUGUGUGUCGGGAAGUGGAAAAAGCCCAACUCGGUCGGUACCGUCGGUCGCGCUGUCUUGUGAUCUGGCGAUGCCUCUUGCUUGACCACGGAAGGAGAAGGCGUUUUUGGAAGUGUAAAUACUAUUCAAGCUAUGAUUUGCCGCAGUGAACUGUUCGAGAUCAUCUAAGACGCAACAAUAUAAGCAGUAGUGUUGAAAAAAAAAGCUGUGAUAGAAUAAAACGGGAUCUUAUUGUUUGCUGAAAGCAGCGUUUUGCACGUGUGACGUUGGCGUCGAUCCCGUUUGACGCACGGAUUGCCUCCGGAUGUGCCGCAAUACGAGAACGUAGCACGUGAGCCGUCAGCGCCGGAUCUAUUCGGUAGAGCAAACAGAGCUUUGCAGAGCUGUCCUCUGUGCAGGUGGCCCGCAGGAAUCGAGACGUGUUCCUUAUAGUGUGCGGCGAAAGCGACGCUAGAAGAAACGGGCGAUGGCAGAAGCGAUCAUAGCCGAUUGGAUCUCCGACUACAGCUCGCUGCAGGAAUCGGAACUGCGAACGUUCGCCGCCCAGCACGAGAAUGACUUCGAAAUCUCGAAGGCACUCUACACCAUCCUGAACGAGCGGACGAAGUAUAAGGACCUUAUUCAUCCCAUCUGCAAUCAGCUGUGCAAUUUCUAUCGCUCGAAUGAGGCCGAACUGCGCCGUUUCACGUUGCAGUUUGUGCCGAUGCUGAUCUAUCUGUAUUUAAACUCGGUAGCACUGGGCGACAAGAAGGGCUGUCGAUCGAUCGAAACGCUACUGAUCUGCAUUUACAACAUUGAGGUCAGCUCGGAUGACGGCAGUCCAAAGGUGGUGUCAUUUCGAAUGCCUGUCCUCGCACAGACAUCCGUCUAUCAUGAGGAGAAAAGUCUACAGCCAAGUGAUUUACGGCGGUGGGAAGAGAACAGCAAUAAGGACAUCAACUGGGGUCCGCUACCCUCAAUUGAAUCGAUCAACGCGCAGAACCGGCUCAAGGUGAUGACGGCCCUGCUGUUUACGUACAACCAGCAGCUCAAUCAGAUCCACAAACCGGCCCUCUACCAUCUGUGCAAAACGACCUCGCUGCUGGUGAACCAAGGCUUUCCGAAGCUACCGGGCGGCCACAUGCACCGCUCGUCGUACGGCAAUGAUCCGAUCUCACCCCAGCAGCCGAUGGCGAUGGCAGCGCCGUCGCACGUCGUCCGGCCACCGCCCCGGAUCGCCGUGAACUCGCAGUUCCUGGUGGAGCUGGCGCAUGCCAACUACUUCGCCAUGUUUAACGAGUUUGCGUCGGCCGCGAUCGAGGCGGUGACGGAUCUGCACAGUCGCGCGUGCUACGAAAUGCUUCCCGAGGUGAUACUGGUGACGAAUGCGAUACGCAACUCGUUGCAUGCGAAUCCUUCCGGUCAACCCAGUGACGGUCCGAUGGGUAUUAGUGUUGCACUGACGCCUGCCACGACCACGGUGACGGUCUCGAAAUCGAUGAUUACGAACGCUUCCUUCCGGACGAAGAAGCUACCAGACGAUAUUCCAAUACAGGGGCCAACGAAGGAGGAGAACGGUGCGCCCGGACACCAGCAUCUGACCAGCAUCAACGAAGAUUGCGAGAGCGGGCUACCGUCGACGGACGGCAGCACGAAGGGUACAAUUGCUGGGGCAGGCACUGGGUCGUCCACAGCGAGCGGCACCCCGGGCAAACCGAAGGACUCCAAAACGCAUAAGGUGCUGGGUGGAUUCAAGAAGCUGAAGCCGGAAAAGGAUAAGGACAAGGAGAAGGACAAAGACAAGGAGAAGGAUAAGGAUAAGGAUAGGGAUAAGGAGGGCGGCAGCGGCACAACGCCCGUGGUGCUCGUUUCCACCGGUUCCGGGGGCGGUGUGACGCUUCCGGUGAAUAGUAGCGGUGCGGCAGCAGCCACUGGCAUCAGCGUCGGCGGCACGUCGCUGGUCGAGGAAGCGAAGGCGCUAAUGUCAUCGGCGAAGAAGAUCAACUCGAAGGAGAAAUUAAGUGCGUCCGGUGGGGUCGGUGGAGGCCAGCCCGCAACCGUUGUCGUCCUCUCGAAUGGAAGCAUCCUGAUGGGAUCGGGUCCAGCGUGCGGUACGGCGAACGGGGACAGUGUGGACGGGGCGAUCGUAACGAGCACGGCCAACGGUGGAAUCGGCGGCAAGCAGUCACUCGAUAUUGGGGAAUCGUUCGAUUCUGGCAGUGAGUUGCUGCAGCAACAGCAGCUGCACGCCUCAACCACGAUCAACAACAGCAGUGCCAGCAGCAAUGGAGGCAACACGAUCAAAACCACCGUGCUGGAUAUGAAGAACCACGGCAGUAUACAAGUUAGUCAAGUUUAGAUUGUCGUCCAUUCGUUUGUCGGGCCUACCGCUAGGACACCUGUCUGUUUUCCCCAUUUAGUUUUGUGGGUAAGGGAAGAAAUGCGUUGAGUGUGUGGAAUGUAUGUGAAGUAAGCUAUAUUCCUUUAACUCAUUUCCUUUCCAUUGUCAUGAAGCACUCCGCUCACACACAGUAUUGCAGGCCUGCCAGUAGGAUAUUCUUUGACGCUCACACACACCUUCCCACAUGUCCCUUCAUGUCCUGUUUUCCCUCCGCGUACACGGUCCUGUAUAGAAAGGUGCGAACAUGUUAAACUGGCUAGCCACCGUCGGGGGGUCGUCGGUGAUUAUAGAUAGUGUACGUAUAUGUUGUGGUGCGAUUUUGUUACUAUAUAUACCAAAUAAGUGCGGUUGAACGGGCAGUGGAAGAUAGUGGAACUGCUACUAGGGUCCAUAGUGUGUUAUAAUUUGUGUGUUACAUUUGGAAGUAUUUUCUUUGUCGUUUUUUUUUGUUUGUACAGAUCAUUGUUUUUCUUUUCGAGCCAGAAUUACUAUAUGUUUAUUCUUAUCGUCUAAUAUUACUAAUGUGAUAGUCAGCUUUUGUUGUAUUUUAUAUUCGCUUUAAUUAUCAUUCUCUCCAUUUAAUCGUUAUUUUGUUUCGCUUCUAAUCUUUUAAUUUCCCCGUAUGCCCCACACUGUUAGUGCUCUCCCCUCACACUGUCGUUAAAGUUGUCUUAAGAUAAUUUUGAUAACAGCAACGCAUCUCUUGUUAAUGAUGGGGCCUUCCAAAGGAUUUUUCAUUCCACGCAAGCUUUUCCCGCAUAAUACCCCUUCACCCUUUCAAUUGGCGAAUAUCUAAAGCCGCGUUAUAGGAGCGAGAUGGGGGAACAACAACGAUCACGAUAUAAAUUCCAUUUUUAUGUCGUUUCUCCUAACCGGUGUAUGUAAAGUGUCUCGUGGCUUUUGUUGUUGUUGUUGCCAUUCAUUCCCUCCACCUCACUUGGCUCGUCGUCAUUAGCGAAUCAUCUAUUUUCGCCGAGUGCCAUUACCACCGUGUUGCUGUGUACCAUCGCCAACGCGCCCACACGAAUCUGGUUGGGUAAAUAUGCACUCCCACACACACACUCGCCAAAAAUGAGGGAAACGGCUGCGUUCCGAAGCGCGCGUGUAUAUCCUUGCGGCAGGCUAAAACGCUGCUAAGCAAACAAACCAAACACUCGCACACACCAGGUUAGAAAAAACAACACCAAACCCAUCUUUCCAUACUCUAAACGGCCUAUAACGACGAGAGCAGCGUGUCGGACGGUGCGGAACUGGGUUAAAGCAUUCAUUGGGAAAUUUCGGGGUGCAUAAAUGAAUCAGUUUGUAGAGGGAGUGGUAUAAGCACCAUCAUUUGAUUAGCAUCGGUUUUAUCAGCUAUGGCUUAUGCUCUCUUAUUGGCGCUAAUCGUAGCGUAGAGAUAUCCCCCAGCGCUGUGCCACCCCAAUUUUAGAUGUCCUUUUUUCACACGCUUUUUGAAGCUGCUGGUGUGCGAAAGGAAAUCGAAAAUUACCUUUAAAUGACUGUACGCUUGUGUUUGCUUAAGGCUUGUGUCUGUAUACUCUUGUAUUGAUGUACAGGGUUUUCCAGGAGUUCUCAUAGCUGUGUGACACUUUAUUGACUCCUUCUUGUGUUAAAUGAACUUAAUCUAAUGAGAAUUGUACUCUACAGCACCCUUGUUGAACAAAUCUAAUAGGAAUUUUCAAGGAAUCUGUCAAAAAAGGAUACCAUAGAGUCCAAUUUUCAUCAUACACUUCUCACAAGAAAGUGUCAAAGAAGUGUCCCACAACUAUGAGAACCCCUAAAAAACCCUGUAUUGAUUUAGAUUUGCGAAAUCUGACUGACUGGCGUGUUGAGCAUAUUAAUUGAGCGUUUUCUGUUCGAUCUAUUCCCAACGGUGCGCUUUGGCUCAUUCAAACUCUGCAAUCGACAGCAGCUGUGGAGGAUCUAGGGAAUGCAAUGAAUGGAAGAAACCGCAAAUCACUACAACCAGCAUCACUACAACCCUGUGGGGGAAAAAGAGUGAUUUUGAAACGAAUUUUUUUUUGCUGUAUUCUGUUACCCUUAUUCUUUCUCUAUCAUCCGUGUGUAGGAGUCACCAAUUACCGUCAUCGCCAUUUGAUUGAUAUGCACCAUAAUAGGCAGCCCGAUGAACACUCUCGUCGACCGUUGGUGUUUAGACGAGCAAUUAGGCGUAAAGUUUUGCGUUUUGAUAAGGAAAGAAAGAAGAAAGCCUGCAAAUGAAUUGGUUCUGUUAGUGGGAUGAAGAGAAAAAAAUGGAAAAUGUCGUUCCUAAUGUAGUCAUUAUACUUUUUCCCCAUCGAAACUUACCCUCGAUUGCUUUUUGUGGGACUGUUUUGUAUACUUUUUCGUUUGAGCGAGAGAACCCGCGUUAGAGAAAUGUUACAUUUCUUCCAUACAUACGAAGUGUCCAAUCUUAUGUGUUUGUGUGUGUGUGUGUGUUGAACGCGUGUUGUGCGAGAGACGGAUUUCGAUGGCUUUGUGUUUUGGAGUGUGCACACUUCCGGGGACAUUUCCUUUUUUUCUCCCCGGUCGCUUACAAUCUCAGCGACCUAUUUCCUUUUCCCGAAACGAGUUCUUCAAUCCACCACCUUCCACUCUUCUCCUUCCCCUUUCUUCUAAUUCAAUGAAAGUAAACAAGAUGGGAAGGGAGGACGACCGACUUGUUCAUUUCUUGUUCUAUUAUUUAUCCACACAAAAAAAAGGCUCUCGCGAUUAUUGGGAAAGAGAGAGAGCGAGAGCAAACGAAGGAAACGAGGUCGUAUUUGCAAAUGAGGCAAAGCGAAAUGAGGUCGUUUGAGAUUUGUUUAGCCGAAUUUGGUUCCGAAUGGCGCAAACAUACUGAAGCAAUACUAGAAGUGUACAACACUACACACAAUGCGUCCGCCUAGCCUGCUUCCUGGACGGUUGGUAGGGAAAGAUUUUCUUCAUUACCAUGGAAACCCGUCGGGAAUGAUUUCAAAGGAUGCUGGGAUUUAGGGUUUGUUAUUAAUUGUUGUUAUUUAUCUUACUGUCUCUCUCUCUCUCUCUCUCUCUCUCUCUCUCUCUCUCUCUCUCUCUCUCUGUCACUCUCACUCUCUCUGUCACUCUCACUCUCUCGCUUUCGCCUCGGUUUGUUGUUACUUCCUCCUUGACGGUACAACAUCCCUCCAACACUUAUCACACACACUCACUUACCCCAUCGUUGUGUGCAGAUCGAGAAGAAGAAGAAGAAGAAAAACGUCAACAAAAAAGCAAUAGUUAAAGUAAACUAACAAAACGAAACGCUUAGAGUUAGGAGAGUUUUUUUUUCUUCAUCUUAAGUUGGUGCGAUGCUUAAUUUUCGCUUUUCUGUGGAUUAGGUUGGAUUGUUGCGGUAAGGAUCGUUCUUACCAUCAAAUUGUGAUUGAAAGCUUAUGUGUGUAGCAGGGCAAAAGGGGUUGUUUAAAUUUUACUUUACAAUAGUGUACAUUCAUUAAAGGAAACACCAACACUUUCAACACUUCGAACAAAUAAUCAACCGUACAUGAAUUAGUUAGAACUAUGAACACAAAAGCCACAUACACACACAUUCGAUGAAGCAAAUGGAGCUAUGUAUAAUAGACUUGUGAUGGAGAACGGAAUGUUUGUUGUGCAUGAUAUUAUCUAACACGUUAGGAAUUUGUUUCACGAUCAAUCGAAAGCUUAUGAAGCGAUUAGCCCAUAUAUUGGCAGACACAUAUCAUUUGGCACACGUUGUUGUAUCGUUUUUUUCACCUCUUUUCACCGGCUUGUUCAGGAAGGAUCUAAUCUUUCAUCUGUUGUUAACAAUGCAAUAUCAUUUGUUAGCUACCACACAAGUUAUCCAUUGUUAUGUCCUUCAUUCUCUGAGCGUCCUUGUCGUUUCUGCUACGAAAUGGUAAUAAUAAAAAAAACAA